CUGUCUUCCUGUUUGCGUGAGAAUAAGAGAAAGAUUCGCUUCCGACGCGACGCCCCGACCCCGAUUCCAUUUCCCCCUCUCGUUUACUCUCCUCUUCCCCAUUCCCACGGCGGGCAGAACAAUCGGUCCAUCGAGCCUGCUCUGUAACCAGCACAGCGCUGGAGAUGGAGAUGUACCCGCCGCCGCCGCCCCUGCACAAAGCCGCGCACCGGCGCCGCUGCCGCGAUUACCUGAUCGCCCUGGAGGAGGAGCGCCGCAAGAUCCAGGUCUUCCAGCGGGAGCUACCCCUCUGCCUCGACCUCGUCACGCAGACUAUUGAGGGGAUCAGGAGCCAGAUGGACGGCGUCGGUAGCGUGGAGACGGUCAGCGAGCACGGCCCCGUGCUCGAGGAGUUCAUGCCGCUCAAGCCCAGCCUCUCCUUGUCCUCCUCCGACGAGGAGCACGAGAGCACCCACGCCACCGCCGUCGUGACGAACGGCGUCGAGAAGAAAGAAGAGGCCGACACGCCGGAUAUGCGGUCGCCGUCGCCGGGGACCAAGAAGGCCAUGCCGGACUGGCUCCAAUCCGUGCAGCUCUGGUGUCAAGAACCACCCCAGCAGCCAUCAUCCCUUCGCAAGCAGGAGCUGCCGUGCAAGCCGGUGGCGCUGAGCUCCAGGAAUGCCGGCGGAGCGUUCCAGCCGUUCGAGAAGGAGAAGCGCGCCGAGCUUCCGGCCUCGUCGACCACGGCCGCCGCGAGCUCGGCGGUCGUCGGAGACAGCGGCGACAAGGCAUCCAUUGACACGGAGAAGCACAGCGAUAAGGAGAUUAACAAAGAUGCCAAGGACAGGGGGAAAGACAAGGACAAAGAGGGGCAGUCGCAGCCGUCGAACCGGAAGCCGCGGCGCUGCUGGGCGCCGGAGCUCCACCGCCGGUUCCUGCAGGCGCUGCAGCAGCUCGGCGGGUCCCACGUAGCGACGCCGAAGCAGAUCCGGGAGCUGAUGAAGGUCGACGGUCUCACCAACGACGAGGUCAAGAGCCAUCUUCAGAAGUAUCGUCUGCACACGAGGCGGCCGAACUCGACGGUCCAGAGUAGCAGCGCCAGCGCCGCUCCGCCCACGCCACAGUUCGUCGUGGUAGGGGGCAUCUGGGUGCCGCCGCCAGAGUACGCUGCCGCGGCUGCAGCAGCAGCGGUAGCGGCACAGCCGCAGGUGCAGCUAGCCGGCGACGCGUCAGGAAGCGCCAACACAAUAUACGCUCCGGUGGCGACGUUGACAUCAGGAUUGCAACCACACUCGCAGCUGAAGCAGCAGCAGCAGCAGGGCCAUAGACAAUCGAGCAGGUGCUCGGACGGCCAGCGGAGCGUGGACGCCGGCGACGCUACCUCGGCCUCGCCGGCCGUGUCGUCGUCGUCGCAGACCACCUCUGCCCGACGGCCUCGCCACCUUUGCUUGUAAUGUUAGUGUAGAUCCAUCGAUACAGAGAGACACGUACAUUCGAGAGUGCUUUCUUGGAGCUAGCUUACUGCUUUAAUUUGUGAUCCAUUUUGUUUUGAGAGCGAGGGCUUAUGCACUGCGAUUUGCAUGUCACACCUUUCUGUUUUUGUGAGUAAGACAACAGGAUAAAUUACAAAUUAGUGACACCUCAUGCAGAUCA